AUGUCCAACAGCCUCGAAGCAAAGAUUGUGGUCCUCGGCAGCCAAGGCGUUGGGAAGACUUCCCUCGUCCACCGAUAUGUGAAGAACGCCUUUACACCUCCUACAACACAGUCGACCGUCGGCGCAUCCUUCUUGACCAAGAGGGUCGUGGAUAUCGACACGUCCACCGUGGUCCGGUUACAAAUAUGGGACACAGCAGGUCAAGAGCGCUUCCGGUCCAUCUCCAAGCUAUACUACAGAGGUGCAAACGCUGCAGUAUUAUGCUACGACAUCACCGAUCCCUAUUCGUUCGACGAGAUGGGCCGCUGGUUCAAAGAACUCAAAACCAACCUCGGAGAAGACGUGAUUCUCCAUGUUGUAGGAACAAAGUCAGAUGUCGUAGCCGAGGACCCUGCCAAGCGAAAAGUGCCGUUUGAGCGCUGCAUUGAGUACGUCGCCGAGAAUCUCUACCCUACGCAGAAUGGGCCGCCACACAGUGCUCAGACAAGCGGCUGGGGCUCUGUACCGGCAGUCUUCCACACCGGCGGUAUGGCAUCGCCACAGAGUAACCGAUCGAGCGGCUUCUGGGGACAAGAUUUGGGCUGGGAUUGUUGUCAUGAGAUCAGCGCCAAAGAUGGUGAAGGUGUAGACGAGGUCUUCCGUGUCAUCACCCGCAAGUUGGUCGAACAGCAACAGAAGAAGCUCGAAGAAGAACAACGCCAGUACGCUAUGGCUGGAGUCACACCGGCCAUGGACAACAACGGCAAUGUGGCUGGGUAUUUCGAUUACCCUGGGAACGGCAAUGGCAGUUUCCGCUUGGGCACAGGCGAUAAGAGGCGGAGUUGGCUAGGGUUUCCAACUACGCCAGCCGUCGCUGUACACCAACAAGACUGGGAAGAAGACAUCAAUCGGGUGCAGAAGAGCAAGAGUGGUAGGUGUUGUUAA